AUGGGGCCCCCAGCGCUGCUGGCUGUCCUCCUCUGGCUCCAGGGAGUGUUGGCUGUGGAAGAUGCAUGCCACUCCCUGGGAGGGAGCCGGGACCUGGAGGGCCAAGGGCCACCUCCAAGCGUGAGCGUGAGCAACCAGAGGACUCCCACCAGCCUGUUUGUGAACUGGACAGCUGCUGAGCCCGGUGGCCUUGGCCAUGCCCUCUGCCUCCUGCGCCUCAGCCCCCUUGGCUCUCCUGAAGGGCAGCCGCUCCAAGUCCACACCAAGGCAUCCAGCUUCGAGUUCCACAACUUGGUGCCGGGAAGUCGGUACCAGCUACAAGUGACCGUCUCGCGCCCCUGUGGGAAGAAUGCCACUGUCACUCUCACCACCCGUACUGCCCCGUCAACGGUCCAAGAACUGCAGCUCCACAGCCCCGGGAGCCCUACCGGUCUGGAGGCCUCGUGGGGUGAAGCCCCGGGGGAACGGGACGGCUACCAGCUUCUCCUGUACCACCAAGAGUCCCAGACCCUGGCACAGAAUAUCUCCGUGUCCCCGGGCAACCUGUCUUACCGCUUUGACAACCUCUCGCCGGGUAGCCAGUAUGUAUUGGAGGUUAUCACGUGGGCAGGUGAUCUCCAAGCAAAGACCAGCGUCCGCCAGUGGACGGACCCCAUGCCUCCAGACUACCUGAUGCUGAGUGCCCUGGGUACCAGCGCUCUGCACGCCUCCUGGAACCGCUCGGAAGGGGCCGCGAGGCUCCACCUCGUGCUCACAGACCACCUGGGCAGCUCCAACCUGACCGCGGUAGUCAGCCGAGGGGUCUCAAACCACACCUUCCUGCACCUGACUCCGGGCACCCGCUACGAGCUGAGGCUUAGUGCUGCCGCUGGGCCCCACUGGGCGACGGGGCCCAAUGCCACCGAAUGGACCUACCCCUCUCCCCCACUGGACCUGGUGCUGACUCCAGUGCCCCCUGAGCUCCAGGCCAGCUGGAAGGCAGGGCCGGGAGCAUGGGAUGGCUACUUACUGAGGCUGAGUGGACCAGUGGAGAGGAACAUCUCUCUGGGCCCUGAGGUCCACAGCGCCAUGAUCCCGGGACCUCUGCCAACUGGACACUAUGCCCUGGAGCUGAGGGUUCUGGCUGGGCUGCAUCACGCCUACGCUCAGGCCAGUGCCUGGCUGGCUGAUCCUGCAGCCCAGCCUAGGCAGGGCAGUGGCGCCAAGCUGCAGCUGCAAGGAUUGAAGGCCACGAGGGAGCCUGGGCGGCGGGCGCUGCUCUACGCAGAUGGUGCCCCAGGCCUCCUAGGAAAUAUCUCUGUGCCCUCUGGUGCCACCCAAGUCACCUUCUAUGAGCUGGUGCCUGGGGCCCGCUACCGGGUGGACAUUGCCUCGUUUUCCGGAGUCAUCACUCAGAGCCUUGCAGGCCACACCAGUCCCCUGGCACCCCGGUCCCUGGAGGUGAUCAGCAGGGAACACCCCUCUGAGCUGACCAUUGGCUGGGCCUCAGCCCCAGGGCAGCGAGAAGGCUAUAAGGUUGCCUGGCACCAGGAUGGCAGCCAGAGGUCACCGAACAGCCUUGUUGAUGCGGGCCCCGACCAUUCCAGGCUGACGCUGAGGGACCUGGUGCCUGGUUCCUGCUACACCGUGUCAGUGUGGGCCUGGGCUGGGGACCUCCACUCUAGCAUCCAAAGGAUGCAGGCCUGCACCCGCCCUGCUCCUGUCACCAACCUGAGCCUGAGCGUUGCCUCUGAGCCUCCCGCUCUGAGGGCUUCCUGGAGCCCCCCACCAGGGGGCAGGGAUGGUUUCCGGCUACGGAUUUACAAUCUGAGAUCCCUGGCUCUGGAAAAAGAAGAGACCCUGGUGCCUGAGGCCCGGAAUUUCUCCUGGGCUCAGUUGGCCCCAGGCUCUGAGUUCCUGGUGCAGCUGGGAACCCUUCGAGGGUUGGAUGAGAGCAGCAGUGCCAACGCAACAGUUUGGACGCCUCCCCUGGCCCCUCCUGAGAUACGCGUGACCAGCGAAGGCCCCACGCAGCUCCGAGCAUCCUGGGGCCAUGCUUCUGGGGGCCGAGACCGGUACCAGCUGACCCUAUUCCAGGAAGGCACCCCGGUAGCCACCAGCAGUGUGGGGCCCGAGGCGGACAGCACAAGCUUCUCAGCGCUGACCCCGGGCACAAAGUAUGAGGUGGAGCUGGCGGCACAGGCUGGGCUCCUCCGCACUGCAGCUGCCAACGUCUCCGGCUGGACCCCCCCGCGCGUGCCCAGUGAGUUGCUGGUGUCGGUGCAGGCGGGCAGCGCUGUGGUCAGCCUGGCCUGGGCCAGCGGCCCCCUGGGGCGGGGCACGUGCCGUGUUCAGCUCUCCGAGGAUGGGCACCCCAUCCGGGAGGAGGCCCUGGCUCUUGGUCAAGCCCACCUAGUGCUGAGGGGCCUCACACCUGGAUGUAGCCUCGGGCUCUCCGUGCUGUGCCAAGCCGGGCCUCUCCGGGCUUCCACUCGCCCUGUGGUUCUGCCUGUCGAGCCUGGCCCCGUGGAGGACGUGCAGUGCCGGGCGGAGACCACCCGCCUGGCCCUGCGCUGGUCCAUGCCUCCCGGGCACGUGGGCACCUGUCUGGUGGUGGCCGAACGGCUGGAGGCGGGAGGAGGUGCCCACCUCGUGCUCCAGGCCAACACCUCCCAGGAUGCUUUUCUCCUGCCCGACCUGGCGCCGGCCACGCCCUAUCGCCUCAGCCUCACCGUGCUGGGCCGGAACGGCCUGUGGAGCCGGGCAGUGAGCCUGGUGUGCAGCACUUCUGCUCAGGCCUGGCGUCCCCCAGAGCUGGCUGCAGCCCCCCGGCUGGAGCUGGAGGCAGGGCUGGGGGUGACGAUCACACGAGGCAUGUUUGGCAAGGAUGAUGGGCAGAUCCAGUGGUAUGGCGUCCUUGCCACCAACAACAUGUCACUGCCUCAGCCCCCGCGGGAAGCCUUCAACCACACGUGGUUCGACCACUACUACGGGGGACAGGACUGCUACCUGGCCAUCCUGCUCCCCAACCCCUUCUUCCCAGCACCCUGGGCCGCACCAACAACAUCCUGGAUGGUGCCCAUGGGCACGGAGGACUGCGGCCGUACCCGGGAGAUAUGCAACGGGCCGCUGAAGCUGGGGUUCCAGUACAGGUUCAGCGUGGCGGCCUUCACCAGGCUCGGCUCUCCGGAGACCAUCGUGUCUUUCUCAGCCUUCUCAGAGCCCCGGGCCAGCGUGUCCUCAGCCGCGGUGCCCCUGGCAGGCGUGGUGGGCACGGCAGCGGGCGUUGUCCUCACCGCCGGCGCCGUGAUGGGCUUGCUGUGCUGGUGGAGGCAGAAGGGGCAGGGGGCAGAGAAGGAUGGCUUUUCCCACGAGCUGACGCCCCACAGCCUGAGGUGGACCCACCGGCCCAUCCCUGCUCACAGCUUCCGGCAGAGCUACGAGGCCAAGAGCGCUCAUGCCAACCAGGCUUUCUUCCAGGAGUUUGAGGAGCUGAAAGAGGUGGGCCGGGAGCAGAGCCGGCUGGAGGCAGAGCGGCCGGCCAACGCCUGGAAGAACCGCUACCCACACGUGCUGCCCUAUGACCACUCCAGGGUCAGGCUGACGCCGCUGGCCGGAGACCCCCAUUCGGACUACAUCAACGCCAGCUUCAUCCCCGGCUACGCCCACCCGCAGGAAUUCAUCGCCACCCAGGGGCCUCUCAAGAAAACGCUGGUGGACUUCUGGCGGCUGGUGUGGGAGCAGCAGGUCCCCAUCAUCGUCAUGCUCACCGUGGGCAUGGAGAACGGGCGGGUGCUGUGUGAGCAUUACUGGCCGGCUGACCCCACCCCGGUCACCCUGGGGCACCUCACCAUCCACCUCCUGGCCGAGGAGCGCGAGGAGGAGUGGACCGUGAGGGAGUUCCAGCUGCGGCACGGUGCCCAGCGCAGACAGCAGAGGGUGAAGCAGCUCCAGUUCACCACCUGGCCCGACCACAGCACCCCCGAGGCCCCCAGCUCCCUGCUCGCCUUCGUGCAGCUGGUACGGGAGCUGGCGAGGGCCGCGCCGGCCAGGGGGCCCAUCCUGGUGCACUGCAGUGCGGGCGUGGGCCGGACGGGCACCUUCAUCGCCCUCCUGCGGCUGCUGAGGCAGCUGGAGGACGAGCAGACGGUGGACGUGUUCAACACCGUGUACACGCUCCGGCUGCACCGGCCCUUCAUGAUCCAGACCCCAAGCCAGUACAUCUUCCUGCACAGCUGCCUGCUGAACGAGAUCCUCCACGAGCCCUCGGGCACCUUAAGUCCUUCCCCCAGGUCUGGGCCCAUCUCUGUGACGAACUUUGCACAGGCGUGUGCCAAGAGGGCAGCCAAUGCCAACUCUGGCUUCCUGAAGGAGUACGAGCUGCUGCUGCAGGCCAUCAAGGACGACACCGGCUCUUGGGCGCCCCCUCCUGGCCACGCGCAGGACAGCUCUGUCUGCUACGAUGGUGCUCAGGCACAGCUUUCUCUGGAGCGGGAGAGCCCCACGGAGGUCGUGACGGAAGCCUGGCUCUUCCCUGGCGGGCCUUCUGGCCGGGACCACGUGGUGCUGACCGGCCCGGCGGGGCCAGAGGAGCUCUGGGAGCUGGUGUGGGAGCACGGAGCCCAUGUGCUGGUCUCCUUGUACCCGCUGGAUACUCAGGAGAAGCCACAGGAGUUCUGGCCGACGGAGAUGCAGCCAGUGGUCACAGACACGGUGACCGUGCACCGGAUGGCUGAAAGCAACAUAGUGGGCUGGCCCUGUACGGUCUUCCGGGUCACACAUGGCGCGAGCGGAGCGGAGAGGCAGGUCCAGCACCUGCAGUUUCAGUUCUGGGAAUCCGGCCACGAGCUGCCUGCUGCCACCUUGCUGCCUUUCCUAGCCGCGGUGGGCCAUUGCUGCUCCCAGGGCAAGAGCCGAAAGCCGGGCACGCUGCUCAGCCACGCCAGCAAGGGCACCGCCCAUCUGGGCAUCUUCCUGGCCAUGGAGCAGCUGCUGCAGCAGGCAGGGUCUGAGUGCACCGUGGAUGUCUUCAACGUGGCCCUGCAGCAGUCACAGGCCUGUGGCCUCAUGACUCCAACACUGGAGCAGUACAUCUACCUCUACAACUGUCUGAACAGCGCACUGGUGGACGGGCUGCCCUGAGUGCGGGAGGAGCCCGUGCCCUGCGUUGGCUGUGUUGGCAAGUCCACCCAGGCCUGGCUUCCCUGGGAGGACAGUUCCACGGGACCCCAAAUUAAGGGGGAAACAGCCAAGGAAUAAAAACAUGUGGUCAAGUCU